AAAGUUGUCAACCCUGGAACUUGAGCUGUCACCUGGGUUUUCGUGUUUUGUUAAAAUAUGUUAAAUGUACGCUAUGUAAAUAAACAUAGUGAUAGAUGUGUCUGUCAAAUUUACUGAUAAUUAUAAAAUUAAACACGUUCACCUCUACCUGAUUCACUUCUAGUAUGUUUUCUAACUCGGAACUGUAAAAAAUUGUGAUCGGAGAUGAACGAAAGUGAAACAAAUAAGAAUCUUUCCACGCAAAAGAUAUUAGUGGCUGGCCAUGAUCCAGGCUGGAAUGAUCCUCCAAAAUGGGCAUAUUCUGGUGCUCAAAGUUCUGCAAGCACACCUACUAAGCGCACAUUUAAUAAGCGGGUUGCAUUUCCAUUAGCUCCUACACAAAUUGUAAACAAAGAUUCAUCUUCUCAGAAUGCAUCAACGGCUAUGCCACCACCACUACAAUCUUCCACUAAUUUAACAACAGCAUCUCAUCCUCCCUUGAUGCUACCCACCAAUAUAGAAGGAAAGAUAAAUGAAUUAAAAAUUGAUAAAGAGCAGGCAUUGAGCGAUGUCUUAUCAAACUUUGAGGUUGUAAUCGAGGAAUAUGUCUUAGAAAAAAGUAAAGCAGAAGAGGUGAAGAAAAGGCUAGAUGUACUGAAGGUUGCAUGGCUUGAGGAUAAAUUAAAUAGUGCAAUUCACGAAAAAAUUUUAGAUUUGUCUACAGCUUUACGAAAAGGAGACAUUGAGAAUGCGGAUCGAAUACACGUCGCAUUAAUGAUGCAAUACGCUACUCUAUGCAGUCCUUGGAUACCUGGCAUUAGGCAUAUUAUUUUAGGAUUAAAAGCCAAAUUAAAAAACUCGAAUGCAAUGGAGUCCCAGAAUUCAGAGUCCGAAUUAUUACCGGUCGAUGUAAAGGAAUAAAUUUAAUAAUAAAAAAAAGUUCCUUUUAUUCAUAUGUAUAAUAAAUUAAUUAAAUGGUAUUCAAAAAUA